AAAAAAAAACCUUAAAGAAGCUUCAAAUGGUGGCUCCACCGUGGGUUCCAUUUCCUCAUCGGUAGUCCUCCUGCUUUUUUAUUUUAGAGCUUGGCGUUCUAAUCAAGUUCCCAGUUUUCCCUCCAAAUCCAUUCAACUAAACCUUGUGACUAGUGACUACAUCGUUUCGCUGUUGAGGUUGAGCCUCCACUGCUCGUCGAUUCUAUUUCUACCUACUCCUUUAUACCAAAUUGCAGAAGCGUAUGGCCAUAGCCUGUGGAGUUCAGAAAAAAAGUUGAGAGUUGUAAUGUCAUCAGAAUUUCAGAGGGCCUAAGGCGAUCAAAGAGAAAGAAUGGCAGAGAGUGCAGUGGCCUUUCUGCUUGACAAGCUUUCACGCUUUGUUGUGUAUGAGAUACAACUCCUUGGGGGGGGUCGGGAAGAAGUUUUGUAUCUUAGAGGAGAAUUAGAACACUUAUGGGCCUUCCUGAAGGUUGCAGAUGCAUUUGAAGAAAGUGAUGAAGAACUCAAAGUAUGGAUCAAGCAAGUGCGAGAGAUUGCUUAUGACACUGAAGAUGCUCUUGAUGAAUUCACACUUCUUCAAGUACAUGAUCAUGGAGAUGGAUUCUAUGGUUCGCUCAGUAGAUUAUCUUGUUGCAUUAAGAACAGAAAAGCUCGUUCUAGGAUUGUUUCUGAAUUACAAGGCAUUAACUCCAGAAUUACAAAUGUUUGCAAAGGUUAUGAGAGGCUGCUUCAUAAAAUGAAUAAAGCUGAACAAGGUUCAGGCUCCACAAGUGCAAGCAAUACAUGGCAAGACCGUAGAGGUGACGCCCUUCUUAUAGACAAGAUUGAUUUAGUGGGGAUUGAUGAGCCUAAGCAGAAGCUGGUGCAGGAUCUGAUGAAGGGUGGUUGUGGUCGUGAAGUAGUUCCUGUUGCUGCAAUGGGAGGAAUGGGUAAAACAACCUUGGCAAAGCAAGUCUAUGAUGAUGCAGAAGUGAAGAAACAUUUCAAAAUACGUGCUUGGAUCACUGUUUCUCAAUCAUUCAAGAUAGAAGAACUCCUCAAAGACAUGAUUCGAGAAAUCUUCCGAGUAGUCAGCAGACCAGUUCCAGAAGGAUUGGAUAGCAUGAACAAUAAUCGGUUGAGAAGAAUAAUCAAGGACUUGCUUCAGAAAAGAAGGUACUUGAUAGUUUUAGAUGAUGUAUGGCGCUUGCAUGAAUGGGAUGCUGUCAAAUAUGCCUUGCCUAACAAUAAUUAUGGCAGCCGAGUAAUUCUCACUACACGUAAUACUGAUGUUGCUUCCACCUCAGUCACGGAAUCUGUAGGUGAGGUCUUUAACUUGAAGCCCUUGGCUCCAAAGGAGUCUUGGGAUCUUUUCUGUAGGAAGACCUUCCAAGGGAAUGCAUGCCCUACUUAUUUGGAGGAAAUCUGUAAAAAUAUUUUAAAAAAGUGUGAAGGACUGCCCCUUGCAAUUGUGGCAAUUAGUGGUGUUUUGGCUACAAAAGACAAGCGUAGGAUUGAUGAGUGGGAUAUGGUUUGCCGUAGUUUCGGAGCUGAAAUUGAUGGCAAUGACAAAUUGAAAGAUUUGAAGAAAGUACUUUCUCUCAGUUUUAAUGAUCUGCCCUACUUCCUAAAAUCAUGUUUCCUGUACUUGAGCAUCUUUCCUGAGGAUUAUCUAAUUGAGCGUAUGAGACUAAUUCGAUUAUGGAUAGCAGAGGGAUUCAUUGAAGCCAAAGAAGGGAAAACACCAGAAGAAGUUGCAGAGGACUACCUCAAUGAACUCUUGAAUAGAGGCCUAUUGCAAGUGGCAGACACAACAAGUGAUGGAAGGGUCAAAAUGUAUCAUGUCCAUGACCUGCUGCGGGAAAUUAUCGUGUCAAAGUCAAGAGAUCAGAAAUUCACUGUAAUUGCUAAAGAUCAGAAUGUGGUGUGGUACGAUAAGGUUCGACGCCUAUCAAUACAUAACACAUUGCAAAAUGUACAGGAAAACAUAUCUGUUUCUCAACUACGUUCUUUGUUCAUGUUUGGGGUGCUAGAAAAACUAUUCAUGCAUACAAUUUUUCCUCAUGGCUUUAGGCUGCUACAUGUGCUAGAUAUGCAAAAUGCACGUUUGAAGAAGUUUCCAAUUGAUAUUGUGAACCUGUAUUAUUUGAAAUAUUUAAGCUUGAGGGGUACCAAAGUUAAAACCAUUCCAAGCUUUAUAGGGAAGCUUCAGAAUCUGGAGACUUUGGAUCUCAAGCAUUCCCGUGUCACUGAACUGCCUGUUGAGAUCUUGAAGCUCCAGCGACUACGCCAUCUCCUUGUAUAUCAUUUCAAACUUGAAUCUUAUGAAUAUUUCCACUCUAGAUAUGGUUUUCAGGUCCAGGAAAGCAUUGGACAUUUGCGAUCCCUACAAAAGCUGUGUUUCAUAGAGGCAAAUGGAGGUGGUAGCACUAUAAUGACAGAACUGGGGAAACUGAAUCAACUAAGGAGGUUAGGCAUUUUGAAGUUGAGGAAAGAAGACGGAAAAUCUCUGUGUUCCUCCCUUAAAAGGCUGACCAACCUACAUGCCUUGUCUAUUACUUCAAUAGGGAAGGAAGAGAUCCUUGAUUUGCAGCACCUUUCUUCUCCACCUCUAUUGAUUCAACGAUUGUACUUGAGAGGACGUUUGGAGACAUUACCUCAUUGGUUACCAUCACUUCAUGGCCUGGUCAGAUUGUAUUUGAAAUGGAGUAGAUUAAAGGAUGAUCCACUUGAAUUUCUUCAACAUUUGCCCAAUCUUGUACAUCUUGAAUUGCUUCAGGUUUUUGAGGGAGACGUGUUGUCGUUUAGGAUGGGGGGCUUUAAGAAGCUUAAGGUUCUCGGACUUGAUAAAUUCAGUGAACUUAGAUGCAUGAAAGUGGAGGUGGGAGCAAUGCCUUGUGUUGAAAAGUUAAUUAUCCAGCGGUGUAAAUUGCUGAAGAGGGUGCCGGAAGGCAUUGAAUACCUGACCAAGUUAAAAGUUCUAGAAUUCUUUGACAUGCCUGAAGAAUUUAUCCAGACACUUCGUCCAGGCGAAAAAGGUAGUGAUUAUUGGAAAGUUGCUCACAUCCCACAAGCCUAUUCUACCUACUGGAGAGAAGGUGGAUGGGAGGUCAAUUCUUUGGAGAGUCUGAGUGAGGGAGAUAAUUCUCCCAGGCCCAAUACUAUCAUUCUAAAGAGCCAUGAUCUUCAGACACGGUGGAAAUGAUAUAUUCUGAGAUAUGUGCUCAAUAUUUCAUCUCUAUACUUGUAAUGACUAAGUUUUUAAGUGUGUAAGUUCUCAUUGUGGUUGGAUAAGAGGUGACAUAUAGCUCCGCAGUGCUGUAAUUGUUGGGGCAUGUUUGUAUAAAGAUGGGUUGUUGGCUUGUGGUAGAUUAGAGAUCUUAUAAAUGUAAAUUACUGCAUUUGCUCAUUUCCGUGAUGAUCAUGGUUAAGGAGGUCUGUAGUGCUUGGGGCAUUCUUGUACAAAGGAAGGUUGUGAAUCUCUUCUGUAUCAAGAACUUACAAAUUUGUAAAUGAUUGUAAACAUCAUCGUAAUUGGAUCCUGGGGAACAUGUGGUUGAGGAAGUCAACCAUCAACAAUGCUGAGGGCAUGCUUGAAGCUGGCUUGUGUGUUAAGAGGUUGCCAAUAUGCUAGUGAUGGUAAUAGCUAUUGUAGUUGGUUCACAGAAUAAUUGCAGUCACAAGGUUUAUAGGAUGCUUGGAGCAUGGAUGUACAUAAAACAGGUUGUGAAUUUGUGGUGGAUCAGAGAUUGUAAAAUUUGUAAAUGAUUGUAGUUAAAUAAAAGAUUACUCUGUGGUUUAGCUCUGUAAUGCUUGGGGUACUUUUCUAUAGAUGAAUAAGACUACGUGUAAAUGAAUAUAAGUACCCCAACAGUUGUCCUAGACCACAAAUUGUAAAUAUGUACAAUGUAAGUACUCAUUAUAAUGGGAGCCUCUGGUUGUCUAUAAUACUUGGGA